AUGCACGAGGUAAGGGCACUAUUGGACUCCGGUUCUCAAUCUAAUUUUAUAACAACGGAUUUGGCGGCAUUUUUAAAUUUAAAUAUAAAGGAGCUAAGUGUGUCGGUCAUAGAUUUGAAUUGUGUUGUGUUAGACAAAAUAACUAAUGCUCUGCCAACAUUAUCAGUUGACAAGGAGAAACUUAAAAUUCCCUCCAACAUAGUUUUGGCAGACUCAUUUUUCAAUAUACCAUCAAAAAUAGAUAUUUUAAUUGGGGCUGAAGUUUUCUAUGAACUAUUGAGUUAUGGGCAAAUUAAAAUUGAAGAAAAUUUGCCAAUAUUACAAAAAACUUGUUUUGGAUGGAUCGUUUCUGGAAGAUUACCCUGCAGUAAUAAUAAUGAUAAUGAUGAGCAGGGUCAACAUCAAACAUUUUGUAACUUAUCAGUAACUGAGAAUUUUAGCCAACAAAUAGAAAGGUUUUGGAAACUUGAAGAGGUUCAGCCAACAAUGAUUUUAAAAAAGGAGGAAUUGGAGUGUGAAGAAUUAUUUAUGACAACAACAAAGCAUAAUAAAGAUGGAAGAUUUAUUGUGCAACUACCCACCAAAGGAAAUAUCAAUAAUAUUGGUUCCUCUCUAAAAAUGGCAGAAAAAAGAUUUUUAAAGUUGGAGAGAAAACUAAAUGCAAAUCAGGCAUUGAAAAAUGAAUAUUCACAUUUUCUACAGGAAUAUGAAGAGCUGGGACAUAUGUCUAAACUCAAUGAAAAUGAAAUAGUAAAUAACGUGGAAUGUGUAUAUUACAUGCCUCACCAUGCGGUGGUAAAAGAAGACAGCACAACAACAAAAUUGCGCGUAGUGUUUGAUGCCAGUGCAAAAACAGAUAAAGGUAUCAGUUUAAAUGAAGUAUUAAAGGCAGGACCUACCAUUCAAGAUGAUUUGUAUUCUAUUUUAAUAAGAUUUAGAAAGCACAACAUUGUUUUAGGAGCUGACGCAGAGAAAAUGUAUAGACAAGUUUGGAUCGAUCCUGCACAAAGAAAUCUACAACGAAUAGUAUGGAGAAGUAGUCCAAAUGAAGACAUCAAACAUUUUCGUUUAAAUACGCUUACCUAUGGAACCACUCCUGCAUCUUAUUUGGCAAUAAGAUGUUUGCAUGAAGCAGCAAAGGAGCAAGAAAAAAAUUAUCCCAAAGCAUGUUAUGAAAUAAUAAAUAAUUUUUACGUGGAUGAUUAUCUAAGCGGAGGAUCUACAGUAGAAGAAGUAAUUAAAUUAAAAAAUGAAAUAUCAGAAAUUUUGAAAAAACGGGGCUUUAAACUUAGGAAAUGGGUGUCAAACAAAAAGGAAAUUUUUGAAGAAGAAGAGGUUAAUAAUCUACAGCAGUAUAUAGUCGUUAAAGAAGUUACUAAAACAUUAGGACUUAUAUGGAAUAUUAAACAAGACACUCUACAAUAUGUGGUGGUACUUUCAAGGGGGGCGGUAUGUUCCGUAAUUUCAAUAAGUAUAGCACCGAAAAUAUUCCGUCAGCGAAAUACUCUUUCGGACCGGGAUUGGGUUCCAGGAAAUUCUCCUCUGACCUCGAUCGCCAACAUAGCCCCCUCUCAUUAA